AUGAUCCAGGCGAGUUUGUGGCGGAAGUCCCUCUGCUGCCGCCGGAGCCAUCCCACCUACAACCAUGGCCUCUUGCACAUGCUCUCUGCUGCAUUGCCCAUGCUCUCUGCUGCAUUACCCAUGCUCUCUGCUGCAUUACCCAUGCUCUCUGCUGCAUUACCCAUGCUCUCUGCUGCAUUACCCAUGCUCUCUGCUGCAUUACCCAUGCUCUCUGCUGCAUUACCCAUGCUCUCUGCUGCAUUACCCAUGCUCUCUGCUGCAUUACCCAUGCUCUCUGCUGCAUUACCCAUGCUCUCUGCUGCAUUACCCAUGCUCUCUGCUGCAUUACCCAUGCUCUCUGCUGCAUUACCCAUGCUCUCUGCUGCAUUACCCAUGCUCUCUGCUGCAUUACCCAUGCUCUCUGCUGCAUUACCCAUGCUCUCUGCUGCAUUACCCAUGCUCUCUGCUGCAUUGCCCAUGCUCUCUGCUGCAUUACCCAUGCUCUCUGCUGCAUUACCCAUGCUCUCUGCUGCAUUACCCAUGCUCUCUGCUGCAUUACCCAUGCUCUCUGCUGCAUUACCCAUGCUCUCUGCUGCAUUACCCAUGCUCUCUGCUGCAUUACCCAUGCUCUCUGCUGCAUUACCCAUGCUCUCUGCUGCAUUACCCAUGCUCUCUGCUGCAUUUCCCAUGCUCUCUGCUGCAUUACCUAUGCUCUCUGCUGCAUUACCCAUGCUCUCUGCUGCAUUACCCAUGCUCUCUGCUGCAUUACCCAUGCUCUCUGCUGCAUUACCCAUGCUCUCUGCUGCAUUACCCAUGCUCUCUGCUGCAUUACCCAUGCUCUCUGCUGCAUUACCCAUGCUCUCUGCUGCAUUACCCAUGCUCUCUGCUGCAUUACCCAUGCUCUCUGCUGCAUUACCCAUGCUCUCUGCUGCAUUACCCAUGCUCUCUGCUGCAUUACCCAUGCUCUCUGCUGCAUUACCCAUGCUCUCUGCUGCAUUACCCAUGCUCUCUGCUGCAUUACCCAUGCUCUCUGCUGCAUUACCCAUGCUCUCUGCUGCAUUACCCAUGCUCUCUGCUGCAUUACCCAUGCUUUCUGCUGCAUUACCUAUGCUCUCUGCUGCAUUACCCAUGCUGUCUGCUGCAUUACCCAUGCUCUCUGCUGCAUUACCCAUGCUCUCUGCUGCAUUACCCAUGCUGUCUGCUGCAUUACCCAUGCUCUCUGCUGCAUUACCCAUGCUCUCUGCUGCAUUACCCAUGCUCUCUGCUGCAUUACCCAUGCUCUCUGCUGCAUUACCCAUGCUCUCUGCUGCAUUACCCAUGCUCUCUGCUGCAUUACCCAUGCUCUCUGCUGCAUUACCCAUGCUUUCUGCUGCAUUACCCAUGCUCUCUGCUGCAUUACCUAUGCUCUCUGCUGCAUUACCCAUGCUCUCUGCUGCAUUACCCAUGCUCUCUGCUGCAUUACCCAUGCUCUCUGCUGCAUUACCCAUGCUCUCUGCUGCAUUACCCAUGCUCUCUGCUGCAUUACCCAUGCUCUCUGCUGCAUUACCCAUGCUCUCUGCUGCAUUACCCAUGCUCUCUGCUGCAUUACCCAUGCUCUCUGCUGCAUUACCCAUGAUCUCUGCUGCAUUACCCAUGCUCUCUGCUGCAUUACCCAUGCUCUCUGCUGCAUUACCCAUGCUCUCUGCUGCAUUGCCCAUGCUCUCUGCUGCAUUGCCCAUGCUCUCUGCUGCAUUACCCAUGCUCUCUGCUGCAUUACCCAUGCUCUCUGCUGCAUUACCCAUGCUCUCUGCUGCAUUACCCAUGCUCUCUGCUGCAUUACCCAUGCUCUCUGCUGCAUUGCCCAUGCUCUCUGCUGCAUUGCCCAUGCUCUCUGCUGCAUUACCCAUGCUCUCUGCUGCAUUACCCAUGCUCUCUGCUGCAUUACCCAUGCUCUCUGCUGCAUUACCCAUGCUCUCUGCUGCAUUACCCAUGCUCUCUGCUGCAUUACCCAUGCUCUCUGCUGCAUUACCCAUGCUCUCUGCUGCAUUACCCAUGCUCUCUGCUGCAUUACCCAUGCUCUCUGCUGCAUUACCCAUGCUCUCUGCUGCAUUACCUAUGCUCUCUGCUGCAUUACCCAUGCUCUCUGCUGCAUUACCCAUGCUCUCUGCUGCAUUACCCAUGCUCUCUGCUGCAUUGCCCAUGCUCUCUGCUGCAUUGCCCAUGCUCUCUGCUGCAUUACCCAUCCUCUCUGCUGCAUUACCCAUGCUCUCUGCUGCAUUACCCAUGCUCUCUGCUGCAUUACCCAUGCUCUCUGCUGCAUUACCCAUGCUCUCUGCUGCAUUACCCAUGCUCUCUGCUGCAUUACCCAUGCUCUCUGCUGCAUUACCCAUGCUCUCUGCUGCAUUACCCAUGCUCUCUGCUGCAUUACCCAUGCUCUCUGCUGCAUUACCCAUGCUCUCUGCUGCAUUACCCAUGCUCUCUGCUGCAUUACCCAUGCUCUCUGCUGCAUUACCCAUGCUCUCUGCUGCAUUACCCAUGAUCUCUGCUGCAUUACCCAUGCUCUCUGCUGCAUUACCCAUGCUCUCUGCUGCAUUACCCAUGCUCUCUGCUGCAUUGCCCAUGCUCUCUGCUGCAUUGCCCAUGCUCUCUGCUGCAUUACCCAUGCUCUCUGCUGCAUUACCCAUGCUCUCUGCUGCAUUACCCAUGCUCUCUGCUGCAUUACCCAUGCUCUCUGCUGCAUUACCCAUGCUCUCUGCUGCAUUACCCAUGCUCUCUGCUGCAUUACCCAUGCUUUCUGCUGCAUUACCCAUGCUCUCUGCUGCAUUACCCAUGCUCUCUGCUGCAUUACCCAUGCUCUCUGCUGCAUUACCCAUGCUCUCUGCUGCAUUACCCAUGCUCUCUGCUGCAUUACCCAUGCUCUCUGCUGCAUUACCCAUGCUCUCUGCUGCAUUACCCAUGCUCUCUGCUGCAUUACCCAUGCUCUCUGCUGCAUUACCCAUGCUCUCUGCUGCAUUACCCAUGCUCUCUGCUGCAUUACCCAUGCUCUCUGCUGCAUUACCCAUGCUCUCUGCUGCAUUACCCAUGCUCUCUGCUGCAUUACCCAUGCUCUCUGCUGCAUUACCCAUGCUUUCUGCUGCAUUACCCAUGCUCUCUGCUGCAUUACCCAUGCUCUCUGCUGCAUUACCCAUGCUCUCUGCUGCAUUACCCAUGCUCUCUGCUGCAUUGCCCAUGCUCUCUGCUGCAUUACCCAUGCUCUCUGCUGCAUUACCCAUGCUCUCUGCUGCAUUACCUAUGCUCUCUGCUGCAUUACCCAUGCUCUCUGCUGCAUUACCCAUGCUCUCUGCUGCAUUACCCAUGCUCUCUGCUGCAUUACCCAUGCUCUCUGCUGCAUUACCCAUGCUCUCUGCUGCAUUACCCAUGCUCUCUGCUGCAUUACCCAUGCUCUCUGCUGCAUUACCCAUGCUCUCUGCUGCAUUACCCAUGCUCUCUGCUGCAUUGCCCAUGCUCUCUGCUGCAUUACCCAUGCUCUCUGCUGCAUUACCCAUGCUCUCUGCUGCAUUACCCAUGCUCUCUGCUGCAUUACCCAUGCUCUCUGCUGCAUUACCCAUGCUCUCUGCUGCAUUACCCAUGCUUUCUGCUGCAUUACCUAUGCUCUCUGCUGCAUUACCCAUGCUCUCUGCUGCAUUACCCAUGCUCUCUGCUGCAUUACCCAUGCUCUCUGCUGCAUUACCCAUGCUCUCUGCUGCAUUAACCAUGCUCUCUGCUGCAUUACCCAUGCUCUCUGCUGCAUUACCCAUGCUCUCUGCUGCAUUACCCAUGCUCUCUGCUGCAUUACCCAUGCUCUCUGCUGCAUUACCCAUGCUUUCUGCUGCAUUACCUAUGCUCUCUGCUGCAUUACCUAUGCUCUCUGCUGCAUUACCCAUGCUCUCUGCUGCAUUACCCAUGCUUUCUGCUGCAUUACCUAUGCUCUCUGCUGCAUUACCCAUGCUGUCUGCUGCAUUACCCAUGCUCUCUGCUGCAUUACCCAUGCUCUCUGCUGCAUUACCCAUGCUCUCUGCUGCAUUACCCAUGCUGUCUGCUGCAUUACCCAUGCUCUCUGCUGCAUUACCCAUGCUCUCUGCUGCAUUACCCAUGCUCUCUGCUGCAUUACCCAUGCUCUCUGCUGCAUUACCCAUGCUCUCUGCUGCAUUACCCAUGCUCUCUGCUGCAUUACCCAUGCUCUCUGCUGCAUUACCCAUGCUUUCUGCUGCAUUACCUAUGCUCUCUGCUGCAUUACCUAUGCUCUCUGCUGCAUUACCCAUGCUCUCUGCUGCAUUACCCAUGCUCUCUGCUGCAUUACCCAUGCUCUCUGCUGCAUUACCCAUGCUCUCUGCUGCAUUACCCAUGCUCUCUGCUGCAUUACCCAUGCUCUCUGCUGCAUUACCCAUGCUCUCUGCUGCAUUACCCAUGCUCUCUGCUGCAUUACCCAUGCUCUCUGCUGCAUUACCCAUGCUCUCUGCUGCAUUACCCAUGCUCUCUGCUGCAUUACCCAUGCUCUCUGCUGCAUUACCCAUGCUCUCUGCUGCAUUGCCCAUGCUCUCUGCUGCAUUGCCCAUGCUCUCUGCUGCAUUACCCAUGCUCUCUGCUGCAUUACCCAUGCUCUCUGCUGCAUUACCCAUGCUUCUGCUGCAUUACCCAUGCUCUCUGCUGCAUUACCCAUGCUCUCUGCUGCAUUACCCAUGCUCUCUGCUGCAUUACCCAUGCUCUCUGCUGCAUUACCCAUGCUCUCUGCUGCAUUACCCAUGCUCUCUGCUGCAUUACCCAUGCUCUCUGCUGCAUUACCCAUGCUCUCUGCUGCAUUACCCAUGCUCUCUGCUGCAUUACCCAUGCUCUCUGCUGCAUUACCCAUGCUCUCUGCUGCAUUACCCAUGCUCUCUGCUGCAUUACCCAUGCUCUCUGCUGCAUUACCCAUGCUCUCUGCUGCAUUACCCAUGCUCUCUGCUGCAUUACCCAUGCUCUCUGCUGCAUUACCCAUGCUCUCUGCUGCAUUACCCAUGCUCUCUGCUGCAUUACCCAUGCUCUCUGCUGCAUUACCCAUGCUCUCUGCUGCAUUACCCAUGCUCUCUGCUGCAUUACCCAUGCUCUCUGCUGCAUUACCCAUGCUCUCUGCUGCAUUACCCAUGCUCUCUGCUGCAUUACCCAUGCUCUCUGCUGCAUUACCCAUGCUCUCUGCUGCAUUACCCAUGCUCUCUGCUGCAUUACCCAUGCUCUCUGCUGCAUUACCCAUGCUCUCUGCUGCAUUACCCAUGCUCUCUGCUGCAUUACCCAUGCUCUCUGCUGCAUUACCCAUGCUCUCUGCUGCAUUACCCAUGCUCUCUGCUGCAUUACCCAUGCUCUCUGCUGCAUUACCCAUGCUCUCUGCUGCAUUACCCAUGCUCUCUGCUGCAUUACCCAUGCUCUCUGCUGCAUUACCCAUGCUCUCUGCUGCAUUACCCAUGCUCUCUGCUGCAUUACCCAUGCUCUCUGCUGCAUUACCCAUGCUCUCUGCUGCAUUACCCAUGCUCUCUGCUGCAUUACCCAUGCUCUCUGCUGCAUUACCCAUGCUCUCUGCUGCAUUACCCAUGCUCUCUGCUGCAUUACCCAUGCUCUCUGCUGCAUUACCCAUGCUCUCUGCUGCAUUACCCAUGCUCUCUGCUGCAUUACCCAUGCUCUCUGCUGCAUUACCCAUGCUCUCUGCUGCAUUACCCAUGCUCUCUGCUGCAUUACCCAUGCUCUCUGCUGCAUUACCCAUGCUCUCUGCUGCAUUACCCAUGCUCUCUGCUGCAUUACCCAUGCUCUCUGCUGCAUUACCCAUGCUCUCUGCUGCAUUACCCAUGCUCUCUGCUGCAUUACCCAUGCUCUCUGCUGCAUUACCCAUGCUCUCUGCUGCAUUACCCAUGCUCUCUGCUGCAUUACCCAUGCUCUCUGCUGCAUUACCCAUGCUCUCUGCUGCAUUACCCAUGCUCUCUGCUGCAUUACCCAUGCUCUCUGCUGCAUUACCCAUGCUCUCUGCUGCAUUACCCAUGCUCUCUGCUGCAUUACCCAUGCUCUCUGCUGCAUUACCCAUGCUCUCUGCUGCAUUACCCAUGCUCUCUGCUGCAUUACCCAUGCUCUCUGCUGCAUUACCCAUGCUCUCUGCUGCAUUACCCAUGCUCUCUGCUGCAUUACCCAUGCUCUCUGCUGCAUUACCCAUGCUCUCUGCUGCAUUACCCAUGCUCUCUGCUGCAUUACCCAUGCUCUCUGCUGCAUUACCCAUGCUCUCUGCUGCAUUACCCAUGCUCUCUGCUGCAUUACCCAUGCUCUCUGCUGCAUUACCCAUGCUCUCUGCUGCAUUACCCAUGCUCUCUGCUGCAUUACCCAUGCUCUCUGCUGCAUUACCCAUGCUCUCUGCUGCAUUACCCAUGCUCUCUGCUGCAUUACCCAUGCUCUCUGCUGCAUUACCCAUGCUCUCUGCUGCAUUACCCAUGCUCUCUGCUGCAUUACCCAUGCUCUCUGCUGCAUUACCCAUGCUCUCUGCUGCAUUACCCAUGCUCUCUGCUGCAUUACCCAUGCUCUCUGCUGCAUUACCCAUGCUCUCUGCUGCAUUACCCAUGCUCUCUGCUGCAUUACCCAUGCUCUCUGCUGCAUUACCCAUGCUCUCUGCUGCAUUACCCAUGCUCUCUGCUGCAUUACCCAUGCUCUCUGCUGCAUUACCCAUGCUCUCUGCUGCAUUACCCAUGCUCUCUGCUGCAUUACCCAUGCUCUCUGCUGCAUUACCCAUGCUCUCUGCUGCAUUACCCAUGCUCUCUGCUGCAUUACCCAUGCUCUCUGCUGCAUUACCCAUGCUCUCUGCUGCAUUACCCAUGCUCUCUGCUGCAUUACCCAUGCUUUCUGCUGCAUUACCUAUGCUCUCUGCUGCAUUACCCAUGCUCUCUGCUGCAUUACCCAUGCUCUCUGCUGCAUUACCCAUGCUCUCUGCUGCAUUACCCAUGCUCUCUGCUGCAUUGCCCAUGCUCUCUGCUGCAUUACCCAUGCUCUCUGCUGCAUUACCCAUGCUCUCUGCUGCAUUACCCAUGCUCUCUGCUGCAUUACCCAUGCUCUCUGCUGCAUUACCCAUGCUCUCUGCUGCAUUACCCAUGCUCUCUGCUGCAUUACCCAUGCUCUCUGCUGCAUUACCCAUACUCUCUGCUGCAUUACCCAUGCUCUCUGCUGCAUUACCCAUGCUCUCUGCUGCAUUACCCAUGCUCUGCUGCAUUACCCAUGCUCUCUGCUGCAUUACCCAUGCUCUCUGCUGCAUUACCCAUGCUCUCUGCUGCAUUACCCAUGCUCUCUGCUGCAUUGCCCAUGCUCUCUGCUGCAUUGCCCAUGCUCUCUGCUGCAUUACCCAUGCUCUCUGCUGCAUUACCCAUGCUCUCUGCUGCAUUACCCAUGCUCUCUGCUGCAUUACCCAUGCUCUCUGCUGCAUUACCCAUGCUCUCUGCUGCAUUACCCAUGCUCUCUGCUGCAUUACCCAUGCUCUCUGCUGCAUUACCCAUGCUCUCUGCUGCAUUACCCAUGCUCUCUGCUGCAUUGCCCAUGCUCUCUGCUGCAUUGCCCAUGCUCUCUGCUGCAUUACCCAUGCUCUCUGCUGCAUUACCCAUGCUCUCUGCUGCAUUACCCAUGCUCUCUGCUGCAUUACCCAUGCUCUCUGCUGCAUUACCCAUGCUCUCUGCUGCAUUACCCAUGCUCUCUGCUGCAUUACCCAUGCUCUCUGCUGCAUGCUUGGCUUGGCCCCCAUGCUUUCUGCUGCAUUACUUAUGCUCCCUGCUGCAUUACCCAUGCUCUCUGCUGCAUUACCCAUGCUCUCUGCUGCAUUACCCAUGCUUUCUGCUGCAUUACCUAUGCUCUCUGCUGCAUUACCCAUGCUCUCUGCUGCAUUACCCAUGCUCUCUGCUGCAUUACCCAUGCUCUCUGCUGCAUUACCCAUGCUCUCUGCUGCAUUACCCAUGCUCUCUGCUGCAUUACCCAUGCUCUCUGCUGCAUUACCCAUGCUCUCUGCUGCAUUACCCAUGCUCUCUGCUGCAUUACCCAUGCUCUCUGCUGCAUUACCCAUGCUCUCUGCUGCAUUACCCAUGCUCUCUGCUGCAUUACCCAUGCUCUCUGCUGCAUUACCCAUGCUCUCUGCUGCAUUACCCAUGCUCUCUGCUGCAUUACCCAUGCUCUCUGCUGCAUUACCCAUGCUCUCUGCUGCAUUACCCAUGCUCUCUGCUGCAUUACCCAUGCUCUCUGCUGCAUUACCCAUGCUCUCUGCUGCAUUACCCAUGCUCUCUGCUGCAUUACCCAUGCUCUCUGCUGCAUUACCCAUGCUCUCUGCUGCAUUACCCAUGCUCUGCUGCAUUACCCAUGCUUUCUGCUGCAUUACCUAUGCUCUCUGCUGCAUUACCCAUGCUCUCUGCUGCAUUACCCAUGCUCUCUGCUGCAUUACCCAUGCUCUCUGCUGCAUUACCCAUGCUCUCUGCUGCAUUACCCAUGCUUUCUGCUGCAUUACCUAUGCUCUCUGCUGCAUUACCCAUGCUGUCUGCUGCAUUACCCAUGCUCUCUGCUGCAUUACCCAUGCUCUCUGCUGCAUUACCCAUGCUCUCUGCUGCAUUACCCAUGCUCUCUGCUGCAUUACCCAUGCUCUCUGCUGCAUUACCCAUGCUCUCUGCUGCAUUACCCAUGCUCUCUGCUGCAUUACCCAUGCUCUCUGCUGCAUUACCCAUGCUCUCUGCUGCAUUACCCAUGCUCUCUGCUGCAUUACCCAUGCUCUCUGCUGCAUUACCCAUGCUCUCUGCUGCAUUAACCAUGCUCUCUGCUGCAUUACCCAUGCUCUCUGCUGCAUUACCCAUGCUCUCUGCUGCAUUACCCAUGCUGUCUGCUGCAUUACCCAUGCUUUCUGCUGCAUUACCCAUGCUCUCUGCUGCAUUACCCAUGCUCUCUGCUGCAUUACCCAUGCUUUCUGCUGCAUUACCUAUGCUCUCUGCUGCAUUACCCAUGCUCUCUGCUGCAUUACCCAUGCUCUCUGCUGCAUUACCCAUGCUCUCUGCUGCAUUACCCAUGCUCUCUGCUGCAUUACCCAUGCUCUCUGCUGCAUUACCCAUGCACUCUGCUGCAUUACCCAUGCUCUCUGCUGCAUUACCCAUGCUCUCUGCUGCAUUACCUAUGCUCUCUGCUGCAUUACCCAUGCUCUCUGCUGCAUUACCCAUGCUCUCUGCUGCAUUACCCAUGCUCUCUGCUGCAUUACCCAUGCUCUCUGCUGCAUUACCCAUGCUCUCUGCUGCAUUACCCAUGCUCUCUGCUGCAUUACCCAUGCUUUCUGCUGCAUUACCCAUGCUUUCUGCUGCAUUACCCAUGCUCUCUGCUGCAUUACCCAUGCUCUCUGCUGCAUUACCCAUGCUCUCUGCUGCAUUGCCCAUGCUCUCUGCUGCAUUACCCAUGCUGUCUGCUGCAUUACCCAUGCUCUCUGCUGCAUUACCCAUGCUCUCUGCUGCAUUACCCAUGCUCUCUGCUGCAUUACCCAUGCUCUCUGCUGCAUUACCCAUGCUCUCUGCUGCAUUACCCAUGCUCUCUGCUGCAUUACCCAUGCUCUCUGCUGCAUUACCCAUGCUCUCUGCUGCAUUACCCAUGCUUUCUGCUGCAUUACCUAUGCUCUCUGCUGCAUUACCCAUGCUCUCUGCUGCAUUGCCCAUGCUCUGUGCUGCAUUACCCAUGCUCUCUGCUGCAUUACCCAUGCUCUCUGCUGCAUUACCCAUGCUCUCUGCUGCAUUACCCAUGCUCUCUGCUGCAUUACCCAUGCUCUCUGCUGCAUUACCCAUGCUUUCUGCUGCAUUACCUAUGCUCUCUGCUGCAUUACCUAUGCUCUCUGCUGCAUUACCCAUGCUCUCUGCUGCAUUACCCAUGCUUUCUGCUGCAUUACCUAUGCUCUCUGCUGCAUUACCCAUGCUCUCUGCAGCAUUACCCAUGCUCUCUGCUGCAUUACCCAUGCUCUCUGCUGCAUUACCCAUGCUCUCUGCUGCAUUACCCAUGCUCUCUGCUGCAUUACCCAUGCUCUCUGCUGCAUUACCCAUGCUCUCUGCUGCAUUACCCAUGCUCUCUGCUGCAUUGCCCAUGCUCUCUGCUGCAUUGCCCAUGCUCUCUGCUGCAUUACCCAUACUCUCUGCUGCAUUACCCAUGCUCUCUGCUGCAUUACCCAUGCUCUCUGCUGCAUUACCCAUGCUCUCUGCUGCAUUACCCAUGCUCUCUGCUGCAUUACCCAUGCUCUCUGCUGCAUUACCCAUGCUCUCUGCUGCAUUACCCAUGCUCUCUGCUGCAUUACCCAUGCUGUCUGCUGCAUUACCCAUGCUCUCUGCUGCAUUACCCAUGCUCUCUGCUGCAUUACCCAUGCUCUCUGCUGCAUUACCCAUGCUCUCUGCUGCAUUACCCAUGCUCUCUGCUGCAUUACCCAUGCUCUCUGCUGCAUUACCCAUGCUCUCUGCUGCAUUACCCAUGCUCUCUGCUGCAUUGCCCAUGCUCUCUGCUGCAUUGCCCAUGCUCUCUGCUGCAUUACCCAUGCUCUCUGCUGCAUUACCCAUGCUCUCUGCUGCAUUACCCAUGCUCUCUGCUGCAUUACCCAUGCUCUCUGCUGCAUUACCCAUGCUCUCUGCUGCAUUACCCAUGCUCUCUGCUGCAUUACCCAUGCUCUCUGCUGCAUUACCCAUGCUCUCUGCUGCAUUACCCAUGCUGUCUGCUGCAUUACCCAUGCUCUCUGCUGCAUUACCCAUGCUCUCUGCUGCAUUACCCAUGCUCUCUGCUGCAUUACCCAUGCUCUCUGCUGCAUUACCCAUGCUCUCUGCUGCAUUACCCAUGCUCUCUGCUGCAUUACCCAUGCACUCUGCUGCAUUACCCAUGCUUUCUGCUGCAUUACUUAUGCUCCCUGCUGCAUUACCCAUGCUCUCUGCUGCAUUACCCAUGCUCUCUGCUGCAUUACCCAUGCUUUCUGCUGCAUUACCUAUGCUCUCUGCUGCAUUACCCAUGCUCUCUGCUGCAUUACCCAUGCUCUCUGCUGCAUUACCCAUGCUCUCUGCUGCAUUACCCAUGCUCUCUGCUGCAUUACCCAUGCUCUCUGCUGCAUUACCCAUGCUCUCUGCUGCAUUACCCAUGCUCUCUGCUGCAUUACCCAUGCUCUCUGCUGCAUUACCCAUGCUCUCUGCUGCAUUACCCAUGCUCUCUGCUGCAUUACCCAUGCUCUCUGCUGCAUUACCCAUGCUCUCUGCUGCAUUACCCAUGCUCUCUGCUGCAUUACCCAUGCUCUCUGCUGCAUUACCCAUGCUCUCUGCUGCAUUACCCAUGCUCUCUGCUGCAUUACCCAUGCUCUCUGCUGCAUUACCCAUGCUCUCUGCUGCAUUACCCAUGCUCUCUGCUGCAUUACCCAUGCUUUCUGCUGCAUUACCUAUGCUCUCUGCUGCAUUACCUAUGCUCUCUGCUGCAUUACCCAUGCUCUCUGCUGCAUUACCCAUGCUUUCUGCUGCAUUACCUAUGCUCUCUGCUGCAUUACCCAUGCUCUCUGCUGCAUUGCCCAUGCUCUGUGCUGCAUUACCCAUGCUCUCUGCUGCAUUACCCAUGCUCUCUGCUGCAUUACCCAUGCUUCUCUGCUGCAUUACCCAUGCUCUCUGCUGCAUUACCCAUGCUCUCUGCUGCAUUACCCAUGCUCUCUGCUGCAUUACCCAUGCUCUCUGCUGCAUUACCCAUGCUCUCUGCUGCAUUACCCAUGCUCUCUGCUGCAUUACCCAUGCUCUCUGCUGCAUUACCCAUGCUCUCUGCUGCAUUACCCAUGCUCUCUGCUGCAUUACCCAUGCUCUCUGCUGCAUUACCCAUGCUCUCUGCUGCAUUACCCAUGCUCUCUGCUGCAUUACCCAUGCUCUCUGCUGCAUUACCCAUGCUCUCUGCUGCAUUACCCAUGCUCUCUGCUGCAUUACCCAUGCUCUCUGCUGCAUUACCCAUGCUCUCUGCUGCAUUACCCAUGCUCUCUGCUGCAUUACCCAUGCUCUCUGCUGCAUUACCCAUGCUCUCUGCUGCAUUACCCAUGCUCUCUGCUGCAUUACCCAUGCUCUCUGCUGCAUUACCCAUGCUCUCUGCUGCAUUACCCAUGCUCUCUGCUGCAUUACCCAUGCUCUCUGCUGCAUUACCCAUGCUCUCUGCUGCAUUACCCAUGCUCUCUGCUGCAUUACCCAUGCUCUCUGCUGCAUUACCCAUGCUCUCUGCUGCAUUACCCAUGCUCUCUGCUGCAUUACCCAUGCUCUCUGCUGCAUUACCCAUGCUCUCUGCUGCAUUGCAUUACCCAUGCUCUCUGCUGCAUUACCCAUGCUCUCUGCUGCAUUACCCAUGCUGUCUGCUGCAUUACCCAUGCUGUCUGCUGCAUUACCCAUGCUCUCUGCUGCAUUACCCAUGCUCUCUGCUGCAUUACCCAUGCUCUCUGCUGCAUUACCCAUGCUCUCUGCUGCAUUACCCAUGCUCUCUGCUGCAUUACCCAUGCUCUCUGAUGCAUUACCCAUGCUCUCUGCUGCAUUACCCAUGCUCUCUGCUGCAUUACCCAUGCUCUCUGCUGCAUUACCCAUGCUCUCUGCUGCAUUACCCAUGCUUUCUGCUGCAUUACCCAUGCUUUCUGCUGCAUUACCCAUGCUCUCUGCUGCAUUACCCAUGCUCUCUGCUGCAUUACCCAUGCUCUCUGCUGCAUUACCCAUGCUCUCUGCUGCAUUACCCAUGCUCUCUGCUGCAUUACCCAUGCUCUCUGCUGCAUUACCCAUGCUCUCUGCUGCAUUACCCAUGCUCUCUGCUGCAUUACCCAUGCUCUCUGCUGCAUUACCCAUGCUCUCUGCUGCAUUACCCAUGCUCUCUGCUGCAUUACCCAUGCUCUCUGCUGCAUUACCCAUGCUCUCUGCUGCAUUACCCAUGCUUUCUGCUGCAUUACCCAUGCUCUCUGCUGCAUUACCUAUGCUCUCUGCUGCAUUACCCAUGCUCUCUGCUGCAUUACCCAUGCUUUCUGCUGCAUUACCCAUGCUCUCUGCUGCAUUACCCAUGCUCUCUGCUGCAUUACCCAUGCUCUCUGCUGCAUUACCCAUGCUCUCUGCUGCAUUACCCAUGCUCUCUGCUGCAUUACCCAUGCUCUCUGCUGCAUUACCCAUGCUCUCUGCUGCAUUACCCAUGCUCUCUGCUGCAUUACCCAUGCUCUCUGCUGCAUUACCCAUGCUCUCUGCUGCAUUACCCAUGCUCUCUGCUGCAUUACCCAUGCUCUCUGCUGCAUUACCCAUGCUCUCUGCUGCAUUACCCAUGCUCUCUGCUGCAUUACCCAUGCUCUCUGCUGCAUUGCCCAUGCUCUCUGCUGCAUUACCCAUGCUCUCUGCUGCAUUACCCAUGCUGUCUGCUGCAUUACCCAUGCUGUCUGCUGCAUUACCCAUGCUCUCUGCUGCAUUACCCAUGCUCUCUGCUGCAUUACCCAUGCUGUCUGCUGCAUUACCCAUGCUCUCUGCUGCAUUACCCAUGCUCUCUGCUGCAUUACCCAUGCUCUCUGCUGCAUUACCCAUGCUCUCUGCUGCAUUACCCAUGCUCUCUGCUGCAUUACCCAUGCUCUCUGCUGCAUUACCCAUGCUCUCUGCUGCAUUACCCAUGCUCUCUGCUGCAUUACCCAUGCUCUCUGCUGCAUUACCCAUGCUCUCUGCUGCAUUACCCAUGCUCUCUGCUGCAUUACCCAUGCUCUCUGCUGCAUUACCCAUGCUCUCUGCUGCAUUACCCAUGCUCUCUGCUGCAUUACCCAUGCUCUCUGCUGCAUUACCCAUGCUCUCUGCUGCAUUACCCAUGCUCUCUGCUGCAUUACCCAUGCUUUCUGCUGCAUUACCCAUGCUUUCUGCUGCAUUACCCAUGCUCUCUGCUGCAUUACCCAUGCUCUCUGCUGCAUUACCCAUGCUCUCUGCUGCAUUACCCAUGCUCUCUGCUGCAUUACCCAUGCUCUCUGCUGCAUUACCCAUGCUCUCUGCUGCAUUACCCAUGCUCUCUGCUGCAUUACCCAUGCUCUCUGCUGCAUUACCCAUGCUCUCUGCUGCAUUACCCAUGCUCUCUGCUGCAUUACCCAUGCUUUCUGCUGCAUUACCCAUGCUUUCUGCUGCAUUACCCAUGCUCUCUGCUGCAUUACCCAUGCUUUCUGCUGCAUUACCUAUGCUCUCUGCUGCAUUACCCAUGGUCUCUGCUGCAUUACCCAUGCUCUCUGCUGCAUUACCCAUGCUCUCUGCUGCAUUACCCAUGCUCUCUGCUGCAUUACCCAUGCUGUCUGCUGCAUUACCCAUGCUCUCUGCUGCAUUACCCAUGCUCUCUGCUGCAUUACCCAUGCUCUCUGCUGCAUUACCCAUGCUCUCUGCUGCAUUACCCAUGCUCUCUGCUGCAUUACCCAUGCUCUCUGCUGCAUUACCCAUGCUCUCUGCUGCAUUACCCAUGCUCUCUGCUGCAUUACCCAUGCUUUCUGCUGCAUUACCUAUGCUCUCUGCUGCAUUACCUAUGCUCUCUGCUGCAUUACCCAUGCUCUCUGCUGCAUUACCCAUGCUUUCUGCUGCAUUACCUAUGCUCUCUGCUGCAUUACCCAUGCUCUCUGCUGCAUUGCCCAUGCUCUGUGCUGCAUUACCCAUGCUCUCUGCUGCAUUACCCAUGCUCUCUGCUGCAUUACCCAUGCUCUCUGCUGCAUUACCCAUGCUCUCUGCUGCAUUACCCAUGCUCUCUGCUGCAUUACCCAUGCUUUCUGCUGCAUUACCUAUGCUCUCUGCUGCAUUACCUAUGCUCUCUGCUGCAUUACCCAUGCUCUCUGCUGCAUUACCCAUGCUUUCUGCUGCAUUACCUAUGCUCUCUGCUGCAUUACCCAUGCUCUCUGCUGCAUUACCCAUGCUCUCUGCUGCAUUACCCAUGCUCUCUGCUGCAUUACCCAUGCUCUCUGCUGCAUUACCCAUGCUCUCUGCUGCAUUACCCAUGCUCUCUGCUGCAUUACCCAUGCUCUCUGCUGCAUUACCCAUGCUCUCUGCUGCAUUGCCCAUGCUCUCUGCUGCAUUGCCCAUGCUCUCUGCUGCAUUACCCAUGCUCUCUGCUGCAUUACCCAUGCUCUCUGCUGCAUUACCCAUGCUCUCUGCUGCAUUACCCAUGCUCUCUGCUGCAUUACCCAUGCUCUCUGCUGCAUUACCCAUGCUCUCUGCUGCAUUACCCAUGCUCUCUGCUGCAUUACCCAUGCUCUCUGCUGCAUUACCCAUGCUGUCUGCUGCAUUACCCAUGCUCUCUGCUGCAUUACCCAUGCUCUCUGCUGCAUUACCCAUGCUCUCUGCUGCAUUACCCAUGCUCUCUGCUGCAUUACCCAUGCUCUCUGCUGCAUUACCCAUGCUCUCUGCUGCAUUACCCAUGCUCUCUGCUGCGUUGCCCAUGCUCUCUGCUGCAUUGCCCAUGCUCUCUGCUGCAUUACCCAUGCUCUCUGCUGCAUUACCCAUGCUCUCUGCUGCAUUACCCAUGCUCUCUGCUGCAUUACCCAUGCUCUCUGCUGCAUUACCCAUGCUCUCUGCUGCAUUACCCAUGCUCUCUGCUGCAUUACCCAUGCUCUCUGCUGCAUUACCCAUGCUCUCUGCUGCAUUACCCAUGCUGUCUGCUGCAUUACCCAUGCUCUCUGCUGCAUUACCCAUGCUCUCUGCUGCAUUACCCAUGCUCUCUGCUGCAUUACCCAUGCUCUCUGCUGCAUUACCCAUGCUCUCUGCUGCAUUACCCAUGCUCUCUGCUGCAUUACCCAUGCACUCUGCUGCAUUACCCAUGCUUUCUGCUGCAUUACUUAUGCUCCCUGCUGCAUUACCCAUGCUCUCUGCUGCAUUACCCAUGCUCUCUGCUGCAUUACCCAUGCUUUCUGCUGCAUUACCUAUGCUCUCUGCUGCAUUACCCAUGCUCUCUGCUGCAUUACCCAUGCUCUCUGCUGCAUUACCCAUGCUCUCUGCUGCAUUACCCAUGCUCUCUGCUGCAUUACCCAUGCUCUCUGCUGCAUUACCCAUGCUCUCUGCUGCAUUACCCAUGCUCUCUGCUGCAUUACCCAUGCUCUCUGCUGCAUUACCCAUGCUCUCUGCUGCAUUACCCAUGCUCUCUGCUGCAUUACCCAUGCUCUCUGCUGCAUUACCCAUGCUCUCUGCUGCAUUACCCAUGCUCUCUGCUGCAUUACCCAUGCUCUCUGCUGCAUUACCCAUGCUCUCUGCUGCAUUACCCAUGCUCUCUGCUGCAUUACCCAUGCUCUCUGCUGCAUUACCCAUGCUCUCUGCUGCAUUACCCAUGCUCUCUGCUGCAUUACCCAUGCUCUCUGCUGCAUUACCCAUGCUUUCUGCUGCAUUACCUAUGCUCUCUGCUGCAUUACCUAUGCUCUCUGCUGCAUUACCCAUGCUCUCUGCUGCAUUACCCAUGCUUUCUGCUGCAUUACCUAUGCUCUCUGCUGCAUUACCCAUGCUCUCUGCUGCAUUACCCAUGCUCUCUGCUGCAUUACCCAUGCUCUCUGCUGCAUUACCCAUGCUCUCUGCUGCAUUACCCAUGCUCUCUGCUGCAUUACCCAUGCUCUCUGCUGCAUUACCCAUGCUCUCUGCUGCAUUACCCAUGCUCUCUGCUGCAUUACCCAUGCUCUCUGCUGCAUUACCCAUGCUCUCUGCUGCAUUACCCAUGCUCUCUGCUGCAUUACCCAUGCUCUCUGCUGCAUUGCCCAUGCUCUCUGCUGCAUUACCCAUGCUCUCUGCUGCAUUACCCAUGCUCUCUGCUGCAUUACCCAUGCUGUCUGCUGCAUUACCCAUGCUCUCUGCUGCAUUACCCAUGCUCUCUGCUGCAUUACCCAUGCUGUCUGCUGCAUUACCCAUGCUCUCUGCUGCAUUACCCAUGCUCUCUGCUGCAUUACCCAUGCUCUCUGCUGCAUUACCCAUGCUCUCUGCUGCAUUACCCAUGCUCUCUGCUGCAUUACCCAUGCUCUCUGCUGCAUUACCCAUGCUCUCUGCUGCAUUACCCAUGCUCUCUGCUGCAUUACCCAUGCUCUCUGCUGCAUUACCCAUGCUCUCUGCUGCAUUACCCAUGCUCUCUGCUGCAUUACCCAUGCUCUCUGCUGCAUUACCCAUGCUGUCUGCUGCAUUACCCAUGCUCUCUGCUGCAUUACCCAUGCUCUCUGCUGCAUUACCCAUGCUCUCUGCUGCAUUACCCAUGCUCUCUUCUGCAUUACCCAUGCUCUCUGCUGCAUUACCCAUGCUCUCUGCUGCAUUACCCAUGCUCUCUGAUGCAUUACCCAUGCUCUCUGCUGCAUUACCCAUGCUCUCUGCUGCAUUACCCAUGCUCUCUGCUGCAUUACCCAUGCUCUCUGCUGCAUUACCCAUGCUUUCUGCUGCAUUACCCAUGCUUUCUGCUGCAUUACCCAUGCUCUCUGCUGCAUUACCCAUGCUCUCUGCUGCAUUACCCAUGCUCUCUGCUGCAUUACCCAUGCUCUCUGCUGCAUUACCCAUGCUCUCUGCUGCAUUACCCAUGCUCUCUGCUGCAUUACCCAUGCUCUCUGCUGCAUUACCCAUGCUCUCUGCUGCAUUACCCAUGCUCUCUGCUGCAUUACCCAUGCUCUCUGCUGCAUUACCCAUGCUCUCUGCUGCAUUACCCAUGCUUUCUGCUGCAUUACCCAUGCUUUCUGCUGCAUUACCCAUGCUCUCUGCUGCAUUACCCAUGCUUUCUGCUGCAUUACCCAUGCUCUCUGCUGCAUUACCCAUGCUCUCUGCUGCAUUACCCAUGCUCUCUGCUGCAUUACCCAUGCUGUCUGCUGCAUUACCCAUGCUCUCUGCUGCAUUACCCAUGCUCUCUGCUGCAUUACCCAUGCUGUCUGCUGCAUUACCCAUGCUCUCUGCUGCAUUACCCAUGCUCUCUGGUGCAUUACCCAUGCUCUCUGCUGCAUUACCCAUGCUCUCUGCUGCAUUGCCCAUGCUCUCUGCUGCAUUGCCCAUGCUCUCUGCUGCAUUACCCAUGCUCUCUGCUGCAUUACCCAUGCUCUCUGCUGCAUUACCCAUGCUCUCUGCUGCAUUACCCAUGCUCUCUGCUGCAUUACCCAUGCUCUCUGCUGCAUUACCCAUGCUCUCUGCUGCAUUACCCAUGCUCUCUGCUGCAUUACCCAUGCUCUCUGCUGCAUUACCCAUGCUCUCUGCUGCAUUACCCAUGCUCUCUGCUGCAUUACCCAUGCUCUCUGCUGCAUUACCCAUGCUCUCUGCUGCAUUACCCAUGCUCUCUGCUGCAUUACCCAUGCUCUCUGCUGCAUUACCCAUGCUCUCUGCUGCAUUACCCAUGCUCUCUGCUGCAUUACCCAUGCUCUCUGCUGCAUUACCCAUGCUCUCUGCUGCAUUACCCAUGCUCUCUGCUGCAUUACCCAUGCUCUCUGCUGCAUUACCCAUGCUUUCUGCUGCAUUACUUAUGCUCCCUGCUGCAUUACCCAUGCUCUCUGCUGCAUUACCCAUGCUCUCUGCUGCAUUACCCAUGCUGUCUGCUGCAUUACCCAUGCUCUCUGCUGCAUUACCCAUGCUCUCUGCUGCAUUACCCAUGCUCUCUGCUGCAUUACCCAUGCUUUCUGCUGCAUUACCUAUGCUCUCUGCUGCAUUACCUAUGCUCUCUGCUGCAUUACCCAUGCUCUCUGCUGCAUUACCCAUGCUCUCUGCUGCAUUACCUAUGCUCUCUGCUGCAUUACCCAUGCUCUCUGCUGCAUUACCCAUGCUCUCUGCUGCAUUACCCAUGCUCUCUGCUGCAUUACCCAUGCUCUCUGCUGCAUUACCCAUUCUCUCUGCUGCAUUACCCAUGCUCUCUGCUGCAUUACCCAUGCUCUCUGCUGCAUUACCCAUGCUCUCUGCUGCAUUACCCAUGCUCUCUGCUGCAUUACCCAUGCUCUCUGCUGCAUUACCCAUGCUCUCUGCUGCAUUACCCAUGCUCUCUGCUGCAUUACCCAUGCUCUCUGCUGCAUUACCCAUGCUCUCUGCUGCAUUACCCAUUCUCUCUGCUGCAUUACCCAUGCUCUCUGCUGCAUUACCCAUGCUCUCUGCUGCAUUACCCAUGCUCUCUGCUGCAUUACCCAUGCUCUCUGCUGCAUUACCCAUGCUCUCUGCUGCAUUACCCAUGCUCUCUGCUGCAUUACCCAUGCUCUCUGCUGCAUUACCCAUGCUCUCUGCUGCAUUACCCAUGCUCUCUGCUGCAUUACCCAUGCUCUCUGCUGCAUUACCCAUGCUCUCUGCUGCAUUACCCAUGCUCUCUGCUGCAUUACCCAUGCUUUCUGCUGCAUUACCUAUGCUCUCUGCUGCAUUACCCAUGCUCUCUGCUGCAUUACCCAUGCUUUCUGCUGCAUUACCCAUGCUUUCUGCUGCAUUACCUAUGCUCUCUGCUGCAUUACCCAGCAUCUCACCCACCUGGAGGGCUUGCCCAUCCCACCUGGACGGCUUGCCCAUCCCAUUCUGCCGAAAGUCUCUCUGCUGCCGCCUGACCAUCCCACCUGGAGUGCUUGGCUUGGCCCCCAUGCUCAUCCCACCACACCUGAAACGCCUGACCAUCCCUCUCCCAUCCCACCCACCUGGCGCGCUUGGCCAUGAUCCAGGCGAGCUUCUGCCGGAAGUCGCGCUGCUGCCGCCUGAUCUCCGCCUCCUUGGAGCGCAGCCGCUUCAGCUCCGCCCCCUUAUGGCGUUGUCCCCUUGUAGCUUGAUCUUGAACCUGCGGAUAGAGGGGAAGGGGAGAAAGGGGGGUAAGCGGAGAGUGGUGCCCUCGCCCUCGCCACCCUUAUGGCGUUGUCCCCUUGUGGCUUGA